AUGGGUCUCGAGGAUAGAAGCGCCGAAUACGACGUCGUGAUCGUAGGCGGUGGCCCGGUUGGUCUUCUAAUGGCAUACCAACUGCAACGUUUCGGUGUCACUGCCUGUGUUCUGGAACAGCACGAGAAGGAAACGCAAGAUGCAUAUGGUCGCGCAAUCGCUCUGUUCCCCCGCACGACCGAGCAGCUUGACCAGCUUGGGCUGGUUGAGCCAAUGCUUCAGCUUGGGUUCGCCUGCCGGACCAGUGUGACUUACAAGGAUGGCGAGAGAGUCGUUCCCGGACGAGUCUGGACAUUCAUGGAGAACAUCAAGGACACAGCCUAUGACUUCGCACUGGUGCUCCGCCAGAUGUACACUGAAGAGAUCUUUCGCGAGAAGCUAGAGUCGCUGGGAGGCUCGUACUACCAAACGAUGCAAUGCAUCGACUUCAAGAUUGAUGAGUCUGCGCCGUUCAACUCGUAUGCGGUCACAAGCACAUUUGAGGAUAAGAGGACAGCAAAGACGUUCCAGUUGAAAAGGUACGACUGGUGCAAUGGCGGUCGCAGUUUCGUUCGGAGACAUGCGGAUAUUCCCUUCGAGGGCGACACGUCAGAAGACAAGUGGAUUCGCAUCGACGGAAUGGUAGAGACGGACAUGCCAUUGAACCGGUCGUACGGUGCCAUCGAGAGCAAGACUCACGGCAAUAUCCUCUGGGCCCCGCUCGACCAUGGCGCAACUCGCAUCGGAUAUGCGUACAGUGCGGAGAUUGCAGCCAAGUAUCCGAAUGGAGUGACGCAGGAGGUUGCCGAGAAGGAGGCAAUUGAGGCAAUGAAGCCUUUCAAGGUCAAGUUCAAGGAAAUUCACUGGUGGACGCUGCCGAGAAACGAUGCUGACGUGUUUAGAUACACCAUCGGCCAGCGCAUCGCAAAGUCAUUCACGGCAAAGAGCAACCGCGUCUUUCUUUGUGGCGACGCUGCUCACACGCACAGCAGUGGCGCAGCGCAAGGCCUCAACACCGGCAUCCACGACGCUGUCAACCUAGGCUGGAAGCUCGCGUUGCAGAUCCGAGGCCUCACGCAAAGCUGCGUCCUCGAAACGUAUUCUCCCGAGCGCAUGUCGGCGGUGCAGAGGUUGAUCGACUACGACAAGGACAUCUCGACGCUCAUGUCGUACAAGUGGCCAGCAUGGUAUGACGGUGACAAGAAUGCCGAUCCGUACCUGUUGCUGGGCGAGAUAUUCAACCAGGCCGCGUCGUUCAACACUGGCCUUGGUAUAUCCUACGCAGCGAAUGUUGUCAACCAGACCUUGACGUCGGAGGAAAAGCCAAAGCUCACAAUCAUAGCGGGGAGCCGACCACCAGACGUCCAUCUUCACACGCCGGGAACUAACCAGAAGGUGCGCUUCCAGCAAAUCACCAAGAACGUCGGCAAGUUCUUCGUCGUGGUCUGCCUGGGAAACACGGCUGUCACGAGGCCCCGUCUCCUCGACCUGCGCGCCGCCUUUGCAGACGCUGCGAGCAACCCUCUGCGGAAUCACGAGGCCAUUUCGUGGCUGACGAUCAGUCCCGCGGUCGGCUGCUCACCAUACGAAGCUAUCGGCAUGAAGCCCUUUGGCGACAUGUUCUACGAUCCAGCGAACGAGGCGCAUGACAAGUUUGGCGUGGAGGCCGACGAGGGCGCGGUGUUGAUCUUGAGACCUGAUGGGUUGGUGGGUGCUGUUGGGCCGAUCGAUGGGGUUUGGAUUAGGGGAUACUUUGCUGGGCUGUUGAACUUGAACUUGAAAGAAAUUGGGGCGAGUCAAGCGGCGUCAGAUUCGGGCAUUAGUAUUUAG